UGAUGGUCUCUUGCUAAAGCUUUAGUUCCUCUUUAAUAAAUGUUGAGAUACAGAUGGUUGUCUCCGUGUGAAGCUCCUUAUAAAGGGAGCCACGAUGACAUCAGAGGUGCUCUAUAAGAUCCUGGCUGAUCUGGAUGAUGAUGAGCUGUCUACAUUCCAGUUUUUCCUACGCCAGCCCAACAAUGUUCAAGGCCUCCCAGCCAUCACAAAGAGCCAGCUACAGACAACAAACAGGUGUAAAACUGUGGAUGUGAUGGUGGAGACUUAUGGAGAUCAGAGAGCUGUGCAGGUGACCAGGGUGGUUUUAGAGAAGAUCUCCAGGAAUGAUCUGCUGCAGAGGCUGGCUGCCAGCAGCUCAGGACCAGAAGUGCAUGUCAGUGAUGUUGGGGAGACUUCAGAGAACAGAGAACCUUCCUCCUCUCAGACUCAGCCUCCCCUUCCUCAGACUGAAGGUAAAACUGAUGGAUUCAUUGAUGAGACUGUUCCUGUACCAGAACCACGCCCCAUCAGAUAUUACCAAGAGAAGCUUCAGUCAAACUUCCAGGACAAAUUUCGAUGUGCAAAAGAAGGAUGGGCAGCAGAUAAGCAGCGUCUGGUUGAUAUCUACACAGAGCUGUACAUCACAGCUGGCCGGGACGUGCACGUCAACACACAGCAUGAGGUCUUACAGAUUGACAAGGUGUGGAAGCCAGCAGACACAGAGACACCGAUCCAACCCAGAGACAUUUUCAAGCAUCCUUCUGGAGAAGACAUACCAAUCAGAACAGUGCUGACCAAUGGAAUUGCAGGAAUUGGAAAAACAUUCCUCAUGCACAAGUUUGUGUUGGACUGGGCUGAAGCAAGAACCAAUCAAGACGUGCAUCUUAUUUUCCCGUUCACUUUCCGUGCUCUGAAUUCACUGCAGGGACAAGAGUUUGGUUUGGCAGAGCUCAUUCAUUUCUGUAUCCCAGAAACUAAAGACGUUACAGUGGAGGCUCUGAAUUACAUCUUUACAGCUCUGCAGUCAUCAGGAAACAGCAGCUACCACAAGAGCAGAUUCAAACUGCUGUUUGUGUUUGAUGGACUGGACGAGAAUCGCCUUCAUCUGGACUUUGAUGUCGACUACAUUCGCUCUGUGGACGUAACAAAGUCAACUAAAAUAGAAGUCCUGCUGAGGGAACUCAUCAGUGGAAAACUGUUGCGCUCAGCUCACCUCUGGAUAACCACACGGCCUGCAGCAGCCAAUCAGAUCCCUCCUGACUGUGUGGACAUGGUGACGGAGGUCAGAGGGUUCACCGACCCACAGAAGGAGGAGUACUUCAGGAAGAGAUAUAGAGAUGAGGAGCAGACCAGCAGCAUCAUCUCCCACAUGAAGACAUCACGAAGCCUCCACAUCAUGUGCCACAUCCCAGUGUUCUGCUGGAUCACUGCUAUAGUUCUGGAGGAGCUGUUGGAAACCAGAGAGGGAGGAGAGCUGCCCAGAACCCUGACUGAGAUGUACUCAGAGUUUCUUAUAACUCAGAUUGAUCACACAAAGGAAAAGUACGGUCCAGAGAAGUGCCUUCAGUACAUUAAGUCAUUAGCUAAACUGGCUUAUGAACAACUGCAAAAAGGCAACCUGAUCUUCUAUGAGAAAGAUCUGAGAGAAAGCGGCAUCGAUGUGAGUGAAGCCUCAGUGUACUCAGGAGUGUUCACAGAAAUCUUCAAAGUAGACCGUGGACGGAAAGAGAAAGAGAAGAUGUUCAGCUUCAUCCAUCUGAGUGUUCAGGAGUUUCUGGCUGCUCUUCAUGUCCAUCUGACCUUCAUCAACUCUGGAAUCAACCUGCUGGAAAAAAAAAAAACAACAUCCUGGCAGUCUAAACUGUUGAGAAAGAAAGCUUAUCCAACAACAGCUUUCUACCAGAGAGCUGUGGAUGAGGCCUUGCAGAGUCCAAAUGGACACCUGGACUUGUUUCUCCGCUUCUUCCUGGGUCUGUCACUGCCGACCAAUCAGAAAAAACUACAGGAUUUGUUGAGAAAAUCAGACAGCAGCUCACAGACCAAUGAGGAAACAGUGGAGUACGUUAAGAAGAAGAUCAGUGAGCGUGUGUCUGCAGAGAGAAGCAUCAAUCUGUUCCACUGUCUGAAUGAACUGAAGGAUGUUUCUCUAGUGGGGGAGAUCCAACAGUCCCUGAGAUCAGGACAUCUGUCCACAGAUAAACUGUCUCCUGCUCAGUGGUCAGCUCUGGGCUUCAUCUUAAUGUCAUCAGGAGAACAUCUGGACGUGUUUGACCUGAAGAAAUACUCUGCUUCAGAGGAGGUUCUUCUGAGGCUGCUGCCAGUGGUCAAAGCCUCCAGCAAAGUUCUACUGAGUGGCUGUAAUCUGUCAGAGAGAAGCUGUGGAGCUCUGUCCUCAGUCCUCAGCUCCCAGUCCUCCAGUGUGACAGAGCUGGACCUGACUAACAACAACCUGAAGGAUUCAGGAGUGGAGAGACUUUCUGCUGGCCUGGAGAGUCCACACUGUAAACUGGAAGCUCUCGGACUGAGUGGCUGUAAUCUGUCAGAGAGAAGCUGUGGAGCUCUGUCCUCAGUCCUCAGCUCCCAGUCCUCCAGUGUGACAGAGCUGGACCUGACUAACAACAACCUGAAGGAUUCAGGAGUGGAGAGUCUUUCUGCUGGUCUGGAGAGUCCACACUGUAAACUGGAAGCUCUCAGACUGAGUGGCUGUAAUCUGUCAGAGAGAAGCUGUGGAGCUCUGUCCUCAGUCCUCAGCUCCCAGUCCUCCAGUGUGACAGAGCUGGACCUGACUAACAACAACCUGAAUGAUUCAGGAGUGGAGAGUCUUUCUGCUGGACUGGAGAGUCCACACUGUAAACUGGAAGCUCUCAGACUUACUAACUGUAAUCUGUCAGAGAGAAGCUGUGGAGCUCUGUCUUCAGUCCUCAGCUCCCAGUCCUCCAGGCUUACAGAGCUGGACCUGACUAACAACAACCUGCAGGAUUCAGGAGUGGAGAGUCUUUCUGCUGGACUGGAGAGUCCACACUGUAAACUGGAAGCUCUCAGACUGAGUGGCUGUAAUCUGUCAGAGAGAAGCUGUGGAGCUCUGUCCUCAGUCCUCAGCUCCCAGUCCUCCAGUGUGACAGAGCUGGACCUGACUAACAACAACCUGAAGGAUUCAGGAGUGGAGAGACUUUCUGCUGGCCUGGAGAGUCCACACUGUAAACUGGAAGCUCUCGGACUGAGUGGCUGUAAUCUGUCAGAGAGAAGCUGUGGAGCUCUGUCCUCAGUCCUCAGCUCCCAGUCCUCCAGUGUGACAGAGCUGGACCUGACUAACAACAACCUGCAGGAUUCAGGAGUGGAGAGUCUUUCUGCUGGUCUGGAGAGUCCACACUGUAAACUAGAAGCUCUCAGACUGAGUGGCUGUAAUCUGUCAGAGAGAAGCUGUGGAGCUCUGUCCUCAGUCCUCAGCUCCCAGUCCUCCAGUGUGACAGAGCUGGACCUGACUAACAACAACCUGAAUGAUUCAGGAGUGGAGAGUCUUUCUGCUGGACUGGAGAGUCCACACUGUAAACUGGAAGCUCUCAGACUUACUAACUGUAAUCUGUCAGAGAGAAGCUGUGGAGCUCUGUCUUCAGUCCUCAGCUCCCAGUCCUCCAGGCUUACAGAGCUGGACCUGACUAACAACAACCUGCAGGAUUCAGGAGUGGAGAGUCUUUCUGCUGGACUGGAGAGUCCACACUGUAAACUGGAAGCUCUCAGGCUGUCAGGCUGUCUGGUCACAGAGGAAGGCUGUGCUUCUCUGGCCUCAGCUCUGAGCUUGAACCCCUCGAGUAAUCUGAGAGAGCUGGACCUGAGCUACAACCAUCCAGGAGACUCAGGAGAGAAGAUGCUGAGAGCUAAAGUGGAGGAUCCACACUGUAGACUGGAAACUCUCAGGGUGACGCCUGCUGGAGUCCGAUGGUUGACACCAGGUCUGAGGAAGUAUUCCUGUCAACUCACAGUCGACACAAACACAGUAUACAGAAGACUCAAACUGUCUGACAACAACAGGAAGGUGACGGAUAUGGAUGAGGUUCAGUCAUAUCCUGAUCAUCCAGACAGGUUUGAACGGUGUCCUCAGUUGCUGUGUAGAACUGGUCUGACCGGUCGCUGUUUCUGGGAGGUCGAGUGGAGAGCAUGGGUUCAUAUAUCAGUGAGUUACAGAGGAAUCAGAAGGAAAGGAGACUUUCGGUUUGGAUGUAAUGAUCAGUCCUGGAGUCUGAUCUGCUCUGAUAAUGGUGGCUACUCUGUCAGACACAAUAACAGUCGAACAUCCAUCAGUUCCUCUACAGUCUCUCACAGAGUUUCAGUUUAUUUGGACGUUGAUGCUGGAACUCUGUCCUUCUACAGAGUCUCCUCUGACUCUCUGAUCCACCUCCACACCUUCAACACCACAUUCACUCAACCUCUCUAUCCUGGAUUUGGGGUCUGGCCGUUUGGUUCCUCAGUGUUUCUGUGCUGAGUUGAGUCUCCAGAAUCUCCUCCUGGUAGAGAAGCAGUGUUGAACAGAUAGUUGAGUCUCUCCAUAACCCUGACCCUCUGAAACAUGUUUUCACAUUCAUGGAUUCAAUGUGUUUCUUUGUGAAAUCCUUCUAAAUAAUUCCUUGUAAACUUGUUCCCCUUCAAAGAUGGAAGUUGUGAUUAUUCCAGGAGCCAAAUGUGGUGUUUGCGUGUUUUUCCAGUCAAAUGUCGAGAGUGAAAUUCAGGAUGUGGUAGGAUGUGGAAGCAGUGAAUCUACAAACUGCUGACAUACUUUCAUACAUUAUGAAAAUCAGGUUUUUGUGCAGCCAGACUUGAUCCUGAUUUCAGUCAUUUGACAUAAAAAUCUAAAACAUUUCACUUUUUCUUUCUUUUAAAUCAUUUUACUUAUGUCCUCAUAAUUUUGUAUUAUGUAGAUGUUGUUUGGACACAUCAUGAAGAGUCACUGACAUUUUUUAACAAAUAGAUCCAUUUUUUUACUGACGGUCCUGAAAGAGUCACCAAAUAUUUUAAUGUGGUAACAAACAGAUCCAAAGCAGUCCAAAGUGUUGUGUUAGUAAUACACUGUUAAUAUGAUGCAAAUAAAUAAAUGAAUGAG